AUGCGCGAUACAAUGCGCAGCGGCCCGUCGACGCGCCGCGGCAUGCAUCCGGCGGCUGAAGAUGUGCAAUUCAGUGAGAAAGCAGAGAGCGAACGCGACCUCACAAGCGACCGUGCCAACAGUCCCGACGUGGAAACCGGGUCCCACGCUCGAGAGAACACAAGAUCUCGUGCGCCUGAUGACGACCCAUUUGGCGACGAAGAAAACAGCGAAGUGAAGUACCGAACUUUGAGGUGGUGGCAGGCUGGUAUGAUCAUGAUUGCGGAGACGAUAUCCCUCGGUAUCUUGUCUUUGCCGUCUGUUCUUGCGACCAUUGGAUUCGUGCCGGGUAUUAUACUCAUUGUUGCCAUGGGCGCACUCGCCACAUACACAGGCUACGUCCUUGGUCAAUACAAGGCGGCUUACCCGCGAGUUCACAACCUUGCAGAUGCGCUAGAGGUCAUGUGGGGACCGUUUGGACGCGAGUUCGGUGGUGCUGCGCAGACAAUCUUCCUCAUCUUUGUGAUGGGCUCGCAUAUCCUAACAUUCACCAUCGCCAUGAAUUCUAUUACCGAGAGCGCGACGUGCAGCAUCGUCUGGGGAGUCGUGGGAUUUGUGGUGCUGUGGAUAUUUUCUCUUCCAAGAACCUUGAAGAAGGUCUCAUACCUCAGCAUUGUCUCGUUCAUCUCGAUCUGCGGCGCAGUCUUCUUGACUAUGAUUGCGCUAGGAAUUGAUCCAAAGCCGAAUCUCAACCUGGCCGCCACAUACUCACCGAGCUUUGCGCCAGCCUUCCUGGCUGUAACCAACAUCAUCUUCGCCUACGCUGGCCAUGUGGCUUUCUUCUCCUUUAUCUCUGAGUUUCGGGACCCGACCGAGUUCCCAAAGGCACUGUUCCUGCUGCAAGCAACGGACAUCACGAUGUACUUGGUGGUCGCCAUUGUAGUGUAUAGAUUUGCUGGUGUAAACGUCGCGAGCCCUGCGCUCGGGAGCGCGAGUAAGAUUGUGGUGAAGAUCGCAUACGGCAUUGCAUUGCCUACGAUCCUCCUAGCUGGCGUCAUCUACGGCCAUGUAGCUUCCAAGUACAUAUAUGUGAGAAUCUUCCGUGGAACGCGACAUAUGGGUUCCCGCACUUGGCUCGCCAUCGGAUCGUGGGCUGGCAUCACUCUCACACUCUGGACGAUUGCUUGGAUCAUUGCUGAGAGCAUUCCCAACUUCAAUUCCCUGCUUGGCCUCAUCUCUGCGCUGUUCGCUUCCUGGUUUACGUACGGGUUGAGUGGCUUUUUUUGGCUGUACCUCAACUGGGGCAACUACACCGCGAACUGGAAGAAGAUGAGCUUGACAGCUCUGAAUCUUGGCGUUUUCUGCAUUGGCGCUGCCGUCUGUGGAAUCGGGCUGUACGCAAGUGGAAGGUCAAUUCAUGACUCCCAAACAGGCGCCUCCUGGUCUUGCAGUCGAUCGUGA